AAAAACUAAUUAGGAGCUGAGGAUAUAGGUCAGUGUCAUAAGUGCCUACGAGGCAGGAAUAAGGUCUUGGAUUUGACUCCCAGUACCAAAACAAAACAAAACAAAAAUUAGAAUUUGUGCAUGUAAGCAGGAAUUCGGAAGCAUUUCAGUUUGCUUCACCAAUUGUGAUAAAUGUAAGGAAGAUGUACACAUGCGUGUGUGUAGAGUGGAAAUAAUAGUAAAAGAGAGCUGAGUGCCAGUCUCAUUUUUAGAGUAAAAUCGUUUCCAAGUAUGUAAAGGAUGUAAUGCUGUUACUAAUUUCCAUAAAGAUGAAUGAGGAGGACCGCAUCCUAUUUUAGAUUGAAGUUUUACAUUCCUCCACCAUACCACAUAAUAGAUUCAUUUGCUUGUGUACUAAUAGUACUGUUCCAUUUCCUUUAAGAUUCUCGAUGGAGUAUUCAGCUUGAGCAGAACCAUAGGGCUCCAAUCAAUCCAUGGCGCUUCCAUAGGAAGUAUUAAGUAAAACUUAGCUGGUAUUGGACCUACAUGCCUCCCAAUAAACCCAGUCAGAUAUUUCAGUUACCCAUUGAUGGCUUGGUGGUAAUUUUGGAGGAGUAAAAUUAACAAAAGUCGAUCCUUUGAAAGCCCAAACUUGAAACAAAAAUAGAAAUAUCUUGCUAUGAUUAGCAGAACUGUGGUUAUCAACUGACUGUUGAUAACCAAGCUUGAGGGCUGAUCUUCAAACAGUGAUUUCCGUGGCCCAUUCAAAUAGGUGGGGCUUUGGUCCCCACUGAAUAAUUUUUAUUCUUGUUCCUUGUUUUCUGGCAUUAAUGGUCCCCGUAUGUCAUAUGACUGUAUGACAGGAAGCCAUCUAGAUUGAUUAACAUUUAUUGGUACAGGAACAUCAGCCCAUUUGAUAAUUUUACCUCCUGGAGGUUUUGGAAUAUAGGCCCAAUAAUGGUAUGUUACAUUUUCUAAAGAGGUUGCACCUACCUUGAUGGUUACAGUAGCCAACUUGGCUAGAAACAUAAUAUCAACUGAGAAUGCCUGUCCAGUGGAAUUUAAUACUUUUUCAGCAUCUUGGGUCAAUUUUUUUAGUUGUCCCCAAGGUGGAGAUUGUGUGUUUUGAGUGCUCUUGAUUGGUGUCUGGAGGUAAUGUUACAAUGAUGUUGCUUUCCUUUCUUCCAUUGGGGGAUCCAGAUCAAAUCUGAUUCUUUCGUAGCUCAUUUCAAGGUUUAAUUCUUCUGGGAGGUAGCCACGCCUUUUCUCCGGAUUCUGCAAUGAUGAAAGCAAACCUUCAACUCCACAUUUGAAAAUAUCUUUUUCCUAUUGUCCAGUAUGAAUGUCUUUCCAAAAAACAGGCUGCCCUAUUGGUUUUAGAGGCCCUUUUAUAAUGCCCCAAAAAUUUUCACUGCUGUAGUAGAUGAGUCUUUCUAAUAUUCAAAAAAUUUAAAGUGGAUAGGGUCUGAUGUAAUAGUUGACAUGGUGAGCCAGGCCUUUAUAUUUUAUUUUGAGACAAGAUCUCAGUAAAUUGCCCAGGCUGGGCUAGAGCUAGAAGUCCUGCUUCAGUUUUCCUGCUUCGGUUUUGAGAACACAGGCCUGCACCACACACCCAGUUUGGGGUGUGUUUUGUAUAGGGAAGUCAGGUUUCUGUAGGGAGACACCAUCUCCCACUCAACAAGCUGGUCUCAGGUCUAGGCCAUCAUAUGAAAAACCUGCUCAAAUUCUUGCAAGAAGAAUUUAAGACAACAUUGUCCCAUUGGUUCCAUCUGCGGGCUUUGGGAACUGUUCUGUGCCUGUGCCCUGGAACUUUGCAAUUAAAAGGCCACCCCCACUUCCCCAGACAGUUUGCCACACCCUGAUCUCCAGCCUCAGGAUUACAGGCAUUUGUUUACAUUUGGUCACCAGGAUAACAUCUCGGUUCAAGAUCUUUAAUUCAAUCAUAUCUGCAAAGUGUCUGUUGCCAUUUAAGUAACAGGCUUUCAGGUUUCACAGCUUAGGAUGUGGGUAUUUUUGCGGCCCUACUACCACAUGUGCCCUAAUUUGUGUAGCCCACCCACCACUGACUAGCAUUCAAAUUGUUUUUGGUUUUUCACCGUUACAAAUCAUGAUACAAGGAAUAUUUCUGGGUUCCUAUAUUUCACAAUUACGUGUUUUUUGGUAUUGUGAUCCAAUUCAUGGGUGCAGUUGGCUAUGGUGGUGUGCACACCUGUAAUCCCACUAUUUGGGAGGCUGAGGUAGGACUGUUGUGAGGUCAAGGCCAGCCUGAACUCAGAAGAAGAGGAGGGGGAGGAGGAGGAAGAAAAAAAAUCCAUGGGUAUGCUAUUACUGAGUUAAAAUCCCAUCCCCUCUUUAUUUUUAUUUUAAGACCAGAGCUCACUAAAUGAGUUGUACUAGUGAAGAAGCCAGUUUGCACUUUUCACAAGCCAGCAGCAGCCAUGCGGGGCCAGGCAGAGAAACAAGAAGUCAGUUCACACACUCUGUGAGUCUGAAGCAUCCAUGAGGAGCUGGGAAGAGAAACAGAAAGCCAAUUCGCCCUUCCCAUAAACUAGCCAGCACACAGGCUGGGAGACAAGAGCCAAGCCUCCACCCCACUCCCACCCAUCAGCAACUGGCAAAUUCAGAGGAUCACUGAAUUGAUAGCAACUGAAGUACAAAAACAACUUAAUACCUGUAUUAAUUAAUUGACUUUAUGGGCUUAAAACCAGUAAUAUGAGCACAUGUUUAGAGGAUAACAGUAUACAAUAGAGAAACUACAGGGGGUUUCCUUCUGUCUUGUUUUUGAAAUCCAGUAUUGUUCUUACUGCUUUUGUUUUGUUCUAUUGUUUUUAUUCCUCUCAAAAUAAAAACAAACAAACAAAUAAAUAGUAACACUUCGUCUAAUGAGAUCUAAAUAGACAUCAGUGACUUUGGUGGAUGACCAAGACCCUCAGAUUCAUCACUUGCUAAAAAAUUUUUUGUUCUUCCAUGAACAUUGUUACAUGAUUUGUUUUCUCAUUGGAUCACUAUUACCUAAGUGACUGUACUCGUAACCUUAUUGGUUGAUCAUAACUUCGUACCCAUGUGAUUUUUGCUCUAUAAAAACUUUAUGAGAUGUUGGAACUGAGAACUCUGGGCAGCCAAGCCAGCACCUCACCUCGCUGGUAAGCGGAGGCAGGUUGGCCCACUGCAGCCCUUCCAGGGGGAGAACUAGCAGUGUCUCCUGAGAUCCACGCCAUGUUGGAACUGAGGACUUUGGGAAGCCAAGCCAGCACCUCCCCUCCCUGAUGAAGUCCAAAGCAAGGUCUCAUCAGUGGAGGACAUCCUGGUUCCUUGAGAAAGCAGUAAUAACAAGAAAAGUGUUUCACCCUGGGGAAAGGACAAACUCCUUGGUAACCUGCCACCUCUCCCCACCAUUCUCAUCAACAGGGUGGCUUCCUGGCCUCGGGACCUCGGAAACCAUCGGAACGCACAUUCGUGAGAGCGCGGACCCGGAGGAACCCGGUUGCUGCGGACUGCACAGCAGCGGGGGAACAGUUUGGCGGCGGCACAGGGACGCCAGAAGGCCACGGCGAUGCUGCCUUCUUUGCAGGAAUCGCUGGAUGGAGACGAAAAGGAGUUAGAGAGCAGCGAAGAGGGUGGUUCCGCGGAGGAGCGGAGAUUCGAGCCGCCACCCAGCAGCCACUACUGUCUCUACGGCUACCGCGGAAGCAGAUUGGCACAGCAGCGAGGGGACAGCGAUGAUGGAAGCCCAAGUGGCACAAAUGUGGAAACUCCCUCUGGUGAGGACUUCAGCCUCUCCUUGGCGGAUACUAAUCUACCAUCUGAAGUGGAGCCAGAGCUGCGCAGUUUCAUUGCUAAGCGUCUUUCAAAGGGAGCGGUCUUUGAAGGGCUGGGUAAUGUUGCAUCUGUGGAGCUGAGAAUUCCAGGUUACCGAGUUGGUUGUUAUUACUGCCUGUUUCAACAAGUAAAACUGCUUCCUGAGACAGCUACAGCGGGCUCUGAACAGAACCCUUCAGAGUAUGUGGUCUGCUUUUUGGGAGGAUCUGAGAAAGGACUCGAGCUUUUCAGGCUUGAAUUGGACAAAUAUAUUCAAGGGCUGAAAAACAGCAUGAAUUGUGAGGAGAAGGGCCUGGAGACUCACAUAAAGUCCUAUCUGAGCAACUGGUUUGAGGACGUUGUAUGCCCAAUCCAAAGAGUUGUUCUUCUCUUUCAGGAGAAACUUACUUUUCUGCUACAUGCUGCUCUGAGUUAUACUCCUGUGGAGGUCAAAGAAUCAGAUGAAAAGACAGAGAGAGACAUUAACAGGUUUCUGAGUGUGGCCAGUCUACACGAACUCAUUCACGAAGGCACCAUGACCUCCCUGGGCCUGGCUGUGUCAGAGGGGCAGCGAAAGGCUGUGGUCAUCGACUGCAGCAGCUCCCCGCCUCAAGUCUACCACGCAGGAAGCAAUCGAUUUUGUGAGGAUUGGAUGCAGGCUUUUUUAAAUGGCACUGAAGGGGGUAAUCCAUUUCUUUUCCGACAAAUACUGGAAAACUUUAAACUAAAGGCCAUUCAAGACACAAACAAUUUGAAGAGAUUUAUCCGGCAGGCAGAAAUGAACCAUUAUGCUUUGUUUAAAUGUUACAUGUUCCUAAAAAACUGUGGUAGUGGAGAUGUUCUUCUGAAGAUUGUUAAAGUGGAACAUGAAGAAAUGCCUGAAGCCAAAAAUGUGGUAGCGGUCCUUGAAGAAUUCAUGAGAGAAGUGCUUGCCCAGAGUUUCUAAUCAUUGUUUGUGAUAACUGUGAAGUUGUAUAUUCAAGUUUUGGUGUCUUGAAAUUGCAGUUGUUUUAAUUGUUCAUAGCAUUGCUAUUUAAGAUUUGUUAAUUUUUUAUUUUUAUUGUUUGAGACAGCGUCUUGCCAUGUAUGUAGUUCAGGCUGGUUUUGAACACUUGAUGAAACCCAGGCUGCCCUUGAACUUGUGGUGAUCCUCCUGCCUCAGCAGCCCAGGUGCUGCGGUUACAACGUGUGUCACCACAUGUGGCAAGGUUAUUUGAAACGUAACACGGUCGUUUUUUUUUUUUUUUUUUAGCUUAAUUAAACAUAAAAAUAUAAAGACCAUCUUCAUCAGGUCAUAGGUAGAUGUGUGUGUUCAGAGUUUAAAUUUUAGUACAGUGUGGUGACUCAACCUUGUAAUCCCAUCUCUAGGGAGGCUGAAGCAAGAGAAUUAUUGCAAGUUCCAGGCCACCCUGGGCUGCAUAGUGAGUUCAAGACCAGCCUGAACUACAUACAUAGUGAGACCCUGUCUCAAAACAAAGGAUCUGAAUUUUAGUAUACUGUUUGUCCCAUAAAUUCUAAAUCUUAGAAAUUUGCUGCCUAAAACUCAUCAGGGGUGACUCUGUGACUUCUCCCAGGAGUUUGCUGCUGCAUUUAGCAACUUUUCUUCCAGAAAAAUCAUAAUACUUCUUUCUAACAAAUUAUAGCUUAUUUAUUUUAUUUAUAUAUAUAGCUUCUUUUAAAAAAAACAUAAUCUUAGAACCAGUGAUAUAGCUCAGUUGCACAAGUGCCUUCCUGGCAAGUGGAAGGCCCUGAGUUCAAUUCCCAGUUCAAAACAAAACAGAAAACAAAAACAAAAAACAGAAUCGUAGUUUUUUUAUUUUUUGGUACCAGGGAUCAAACACAGGAUCUUACACUUAGCAGGCAAGCACUUGAGCCACUAAGCUGAGUCCUCGGCCCACAGUCUUAGUCUUAGGAUAGAUUAGCCCCACUACACCAUUUCCAAAGACAGAUCUGUUCAUGCUGUGGGCAACGACUGAUAGUUGCCUUGGAUGAUGAAGUCAGUUAAUAUGCAAAUAAACCAUGAGCAUAUAAGAAAUUAAAUGAGUGUUAAAAAUAGAUGCACUAGCUUUAAGAUAAAACAUUUUCUCUGAUGGAAAGCUACUACAGAAGUAGCCUUAUCACCACUUUUCUUCACUCAUUUGUUCACAGGUAUCUGUCUAGCACCUAUGUUUUCUUCUUUCUUUUGCAUACAUUUUAGGAGGAACGUAGCACAAAGAAUGCAAACUGAUGUACAUCAAGUACAUCAGUACUUGAGUUAUUGGUUGAUCUUAGUUUUUGUACAUUUGUUACAAGCCAUAGAUUGUUUUACUCCUAAUCCUGAGUGUCCUGAACUAGCUAUUUGUAAUUCCCACAGAAGUCAGCUGUAGUUACACACAUAUUUGUUUUGCAUAGCUCUUUCUCUUCUUCUUUUUUUUUUUUUGAGGAAUCGAGCUCACAACCUCACACUUGCCAGGUAGGCGCUUAUGCCGCUAAGCUAAAUUCCUAGCUCUGUCAUAAAUUCAUUUGAGAAUGAUUUUUGUUUAGAUCAGGAGCCUUCAGGAUGCUCAGACUGCUGAAUACUCUUGUGGCUGCCAGUUGACAGAAGUGCUGAGUUUUAAUUUAGGGACAUGACUCACCAAGAGGUUUCUUUUCUUUUAAUGAGAAAUACAAUCCAGGAACUUCAUAAAUGCUUUCAUAUGACUUUAAAGUUUAAUGACCUGGCUUAUAGGCAGUAUAGAAAAAAAUCUUUUAAAUUUUAUUUGGAGACAGGGUCUCAUUAUACAGUUCCGGCUGGCCUUAAACUCACUUUGUAGCCCAGGUUGGUCUUGAACUCAGUGAUCCUCCUGCCUCAGCCUCCCCAGUGCUGGGAUUACAGGUGUGCACCACCACACCCAGCAAGAAAAAUCCUGAAUAGUAUUCAAAAUGGCUGGAAAAGCUGCAGUUCUAUGGCGCAAUCCUUGAAUCUAUGUGUUUGUUUUUUUUUUUAAUACACUCUGUUGCCCACUUGGAAAACAACUUUUUUUUUUUUUGAUACAAGGUUUCACCAGGUAGUUCAGGCUGUACUUGAGCUCACUUUGUAGCUCAGGCUGGUUUUGAAUUUACAGUGACCUUCCUGCCUCAGCCUCCCAAGUGCUGGGAUUAUAGGCGUGGGCUACCACGCCGGGUUGGAAAAUCAUUUUUUAAAUAAGCAAUAUUAGGAUAUCAACAUUUUGAGUCUGGAAAACAGAGUUUUCAUUUUCAAAUUCAUUGUGGUUUUGUUUUGAGACAGGGUCUCACUAUGUAGUUCAGACUGGCCUUGAACUCACCAGGAAUCCAGGCUGGCCUCAAACUCACAGUGAUUCUCCUGCAUCAGUCUGCAGAGUGCUGGGAUUAGAGGUCUUCACUCAUACCUGGCUCAAAUUCAUAAUGUCAUUCGAGAGUCCAUGUUCUAAAUGAUGUUUAAAAGCAAAUUGUUAUUGCCUGCUUCAAUUCAUUUAUAGAUAUAGGCAAGGCUUAAUGUAGUCUGUUUGUAUAUGUACUGUUUUGUAAUGUGGACUCACUACUUAAUUGUAUAGAGUACACUUGUUUAAAAAUUGUCUGUGACAUUCUGUAUCACUAUUAUAAACAAGGAAAAUGAUAUCAUGGAAUUAAAUAUCUUCUUGAUCAUAAGAAAUUCACAGAAGUCAUGAUCAGAAACAUGUACUCUAUUCAAAUUUUAAUAAUGUAUUAAGUUUUUUAUGUAUUAACUUUUUUUUUUUAAUCGGUACCGGGGAUCGAACUCACGACUACCUGCUUGCAAGGCAGGUGCUUAUGCCGCUGAGCUAAAUUCCCAGCUAUGUAUUAACUUUUAAAAGUUCUUAAAAGUAUUGCUCAGAGAUGGGUGUGGCAGCACCCACACUCUGGGAGAGGCUGAGACAGGGCUACAGCUCCGAGUCCUGUCUGAGCAAUUGUAGUGACUUAGCAAGACCUUGUUUCAAAAUAAAAAUAUUUUUAAAAGGCUGGGAAUACAGGUCAGUGCAAAGGCACUGGGUCAGUCCCAGUAUUUCAAAAAAGAAAAAGUCUUUUCUUCAGCUAUGAAGUUAACUUAUGUAUUAUUUGUGUGCUAUACACAAGAAAUACGUUUUAUCAUGUAUCAAAAAUUGUCUGUUUUUCUGUAAUUAUAUUUGUAAUAAUAAAACUUAGCUUUUAAACAAAGUA